ACAAGGCCAUUGGUGAUACAUCUGUUGGCUGGGUUGUUUUGCUCCCUCCCAACAUACUCUGUAUUUCCAAGGAACCUCCCAGCCGGUGAACUGGGACUCAGCAGAAUGACAGCAGAUUCCCCCACCAUGGCUUCCCAGGGGCAAGCCGACGCCCCUCUCAAACCCAAAGACUUCGAUUACUCUGCUCCUCCCCCCUUCACCCUGUCGGAUCUACGCAACGCCAUUCCGAAGCAUUGCUGGGUGAAAAAUCCUUUGCGAUCGCUGUCUUACUUUGUUCGCGACUUCCUGAUCGUUUUCACUCUGGGAGCCGUCGCGCUGUACUUCGACUCAUGGACUCUGUGGCCGCUCUAUUGGUUCGCUCAGGGAACCAUGUUCUGGGCUCUAUUCGUCGUCGGUCAUGACUGUGGUCACGGAAGCUUCUCGGACAGCCGCAGUCUUAACGACUUCGUCGGACAUCUCAGCCACGCGUUUAUCCUCGUCCCUUACCACGGAUGGAGGAUAAGUCAUCGAACACACCAUGCUAACCACGGCCACGUGGAGAACGAUGAAUCCUGGUACCCCAUUACCAAGGAGGUCUACGAGCAGAUGGACCUUGGAUCCAAGCUGGCGAGGUUCAAGUUCCCGUUUCCCCUGGUUGCCUUCCCGUUCUACCUGUGGUUGCGCACACCAGGCAAGAAGGGAUCUCACUUCGACCCGAAGUGCGACCUGUUUACGGAGAGCGAGUACAACGACGUUGUCACCUCGGCGACGUGGUGGUGGGCUAUGGUCGCACUCUUGGCCGCUUUCUCGGUCGCCUUCGGCCCCUUGGUCAUGUUCAAGCUUUACUUCAUGCCGUACUGGAUUAACGUGAUGUGGCUGGACCUGGUCACCUACCUUCAUCACCAUGGCUAUGACAAGAAAGUUCCGUGGUACAGAGGCAAGGAGUGGUCAUACCUGAGGGGAGGCCUAUCGACUAUCGAUAGAGACUACGGAGUAUUCAACAAGAUUCACCACGACAUUGGAACUCACGUGGUGCAUCAUUUGUUCCCCCAAAUCCCCCACUACAAUCUGACCGAAGCGACGGCCGCUAUCAAGCCCAUUCUUGGAAAUUACUACCGUGAACCCGAGCCAUGCAAGGGUCCCUUCCCCUUCCACCUUCUGGAUCCAUUGGUGAAGUCUUUCAGUGAAGACCACUUCGUGUCAUCUGAAGGAGACAUCGUCUUCUACCAGAAGAGCCAUGACGAGCUGUAGAGCAGCAAUUGCGUCUUGCCAUGAAGCAUGGGCAUGGUUGCAGUCUGGUACACACUGGUACAAUGGCGUGUGCCACCCUGAAGUCCAAUGGGACCCAGAUGUACGGUAUUAAAGAAGUUGGGUUGCCUUGGUACACCUUAGAAAUGGUGCAUCAAUUUGUACUGUUCUCCUGCUCUCCAUCUAAUGGAACAAUCAGUAAGCAUGUAACUGUCAAACGUGACAACAAAGAAU